AUGUAUUCCCCAACUAAGAAACAUGGGGUGAAUCUUCUUGGAAUCCCAGUUUUCGAGAAAAUUUUUCGAAGAGCUCGUCGUUCAUCAGAUGUCUCAUCGGCCCCACCACCGAUUUCAAGAAACCUAAUGGGCCAGUUCGUGAGUUCCAGAAAGAAGACUCAUUCCGAAUCCGAACGUGAACGAGACAGCAGACAAACGAAUACAUCUUCAGCGAUUUCAAGAAAUUCCCCUUCUUCCACUUUGGCACGAUACGCGGAAUUGCUGACGGAGCAAGGAUAUCUACCAGAAUUUCUCCUAAUUCAUGAGCAUCUAAGCUCAAUGUAUGUUGACGAAGAUGGUGAUAUCGCGCACGAGUUUUACGCCGAAGGUCAAGAUGGAACAAGAAGAAGGUUAUGCAGAAUAAUAAACAAUCUCCGACCAAAGGGAACAGAACGAUUACCGAUCCCGAGAUUAAGCCCCGAUCUUCCAAUUGUAAUGUGGGAGGUCAAA